AUGGUGAUUGUAGCUGUGCGACGGCCAAGUGGCGAUUUGUUUGAGGUUGACGUGCCGAAAGAUGCCACGUUGAACACUUUGAAAGCUGCAAUCGCUGCAAAGACCAAAGAGGCAGUGACACGUCAGAAGCUCCUCCUGGGGCACGAGGUGCUCUCAGACGAGCGCCUACAGGCUGGUCUUGCAGAAGAAGAUCGGUUGGAGGCCAGUGGGGACACUGGGUUUGACAAAAACUCGUCUCAAACUGACUUACCUGUAAGAAUCGCCAACAUUGAACUGGUGAUGCCAGCCCUGCUUGACAUGUCACGACAAUCUGAUGCCCGAGAGGUGCUCCAUUUGGUGAGUCGAUCCUGCACUUUGGUGACGCACCAACAUUCUGCAGCAGGGGUAUGGGACGGAGAUGACCAGACGCUUGUCCGCCCGGUCUUCCAGAAGGAUGACCUGGAUUUCACACAUGCCGUGGAUGCCAUGUACUUGGAGGAUGGAGAGCUGUACACUCUUGUGAGGUGCGGACGGCUGAGCGAUGAGAUCUAUUUCAUACAGCUUUGGUGUGGAGUUCCUGGAAGAGCUGUGGGUCGCUUCUCCCUACCUGGACGGUGGCUUAAUGAGAGUGUUCGCAUCGAAUUCUCGCCCGAGGGUGAAUUUGUCAUCGCCAGCUCGAUGGGGACCAUUCUGAUGUGGCGAACCUUGACGGGCGAAGAGAUACAACGAGCUGACUGUGCCCAUUGGGGUGGAAGUAUCAAGUCCAUGGUGUUGCGCCUGGCUGUGCUUUUCCAGGGCGACCCUGAGGGUAGCGGCAUUUUUAACAGGAAAUAUCACUUGAAUUUAUGGGAUUAUCAUGCUGGCCUGCAGAAGCAGUCUUGGGUGUGGCCUGAGCCUUUGGACACUCCUCAAGCUUUGCUGUCAGCUUCCGGGGCCCGUGUGGCGAUAUGGUCAUACCAGAAAGAGCUCGCCGUCUAUGACUGCCAGAGUGGCCACAGCAUUAAAACUUGGUUCGACGAGGCGCUCACUGUUGCGGUCCUCAAUUUCUCGCCAAGUGAGGAGGAGAUUGUGGUGUCGUACAAGCAAAACCUGAAAGAGGUGAAGAUUAUUCGGAUUGUUGAUGGUCAGAUGCGGUCUGCUUUGCUACCAGAAUGGUCUUCUUGCAGGUUCCUUUCUUCUGUAGGGUAUUCAGCAGAUGGCACAACGCUCGCGUUGGCCGAGGCAGGUGGUGUUCUACAUCGGUGGAAUGGGGCCACCUUGGACAUCUUGGAUUUGCUGCCGGCGACCCCGCUGCCUGCUGGAGACAUCAUGGAGUCGCAGAUUUGUCGUGACCAGAAUUUUUUCACUCGCACCAAUAGGGAAGGCCGUGUUGAGCUCCUGAACUUGUGUAACGGCGCCUAUCUUGUGCUGUAG